AUGGGAUUUCUGGCUGCAUUUACUAUCCUUAACAUAGUUGCUGAUGCUAGUAACAAAAUUAUACUUGAUGGUACUAACUACCCUGAUUGGAGGGAAGACAUUGCUUUACAUCUCGGUUGUCUGAACAUGGACUAUGUCCUGGAAACUGAAAGGCCUCCCAAACUAGCUGAUGGCUUGACUGACAAAGAGGCCAAAGAGUAUUAUGAAUCCUGGGAGAAAAACAAUCGCCUUACUCUCCUGCUGAUCAAAACAAGGAUUGCUAGGAGCAUUCGGGGAGCAAUCCCUAAAUGCGAAACUGCUAAAGAAUACCUAGAAGCUGUGGACAAACAGUUCAAACCGACAGACAAGCAGAUGGGGCGCACCAUUAUGUCGGAAUUAUGUGCCAUGAGGCUUACAGGUAUAGGCGGUACUAGGUAG